UUGAAAAAACACAAAAAAGUUUGAAUACUAAAAACCUUCUAAUUUCUUUCAUGGAUAGCAGCAAGUUGAAACAAGAUGAAGUAGCUAUAGUUAUGGUUCCAUUUCCAGGUCAAGGACAUCUCAAUCAACUUCUCCAACUUGCUUAUUUAAUCUCCUCAUCAUAUAAUCUUCCAGUAUACUAUGUUGGCUCAGCGACACAUAAUCGUCAAGCCAGGGUUCGCGCCAAUGCCUUAAAUCCUUUAGACAUAGCCAAAAUCCAAUUUCAUGACAUCCCAACUCCUGAAUUUGCCUCACCUCCACCUGAUUUUAAUUCCUUAAACAAAUUCCCCGCGCAUCUUGAGCCAUCAUGGGCUGCUUGUAUGCUUAUGCGCGAGCCUAUUGCUUCAUUCUUUCACGAUAUUUCAUCUAAAACAAGACGAGUUGUUGUUGUACAUGAUUCUUUAAUGUCUUAUAAUGUUCAGGAUGUUUCUUCCUUGUCCAAUGCAGAAUCCUAUAUAUUUAAUUGCAUUUCAGUUUUCACUUUGUACUGCUUGAUAUGCUUAUCUUGUGGUAUGUCUAUACAACUUGAAGAAGAAUUGCUUAAAAAUUUACCUUCCCUUGAAGGAAUUAUGACAGAUGAAAUCAGGGAACGCGGAGCUUCUCAGAGUUUGUAUAUGGAUAUUAGGUCAGGUGAUAUUCAUAAUACGAGCAGAGUAAUCGAAGGCAAGUUUCUUGAUUUGUUGGUAGAAGUAACAAGUACACAGAACAAGAAACAAUGGGCAAUUGGACCGGUUCUGCCUGCUAAACUUGAUCAUGUAUCGAAUACGAACAAUAUAUGUUUGGAGUGGCUUAACAAGCAACCUCCAAGAUCAGUUCUUUAUAUAUCAUUUGGAACAACAACUUCAUUUUCUGAUAGGGAAAUCAAGGAGCUCGCGAUGGGAUUAGAACAGAGCAAACAGAGGUUUAUAUGGGUGUUGAGAGAUGCCGAUAGAGGAGAUAUCUUUACUGGGGAAGCUAGAAAAGUUGAGUUGCCAGAAGGAUUCGAGGAAAGAGUAAAAGAAGUAGGCUUAGUGGUAAGAGAAUGGGCGCCACAACUAGAAAUCUUGGCUCAUUCGUCGACUGGUGGAUUCAUGAGUCAUUGUGGUUGGAAUUCUUGUAUAGAGAGUAUUACUAUGGGAGUGCCAAUAGCUGCUUGGCCUAUGCACUCUGACCAACCAAUAAAUGGUUUCUUGGUGAUGGAAAUAUUGAAAAUAGGUCUAAUUGUUAGGGAGUGGGAGAAACGCGAGGAGCUAGUGAGUGCAUCUACCAUUGAGAACGUCGUAAGGAAGUUAAUGGCAUCAGAAGAAGGCGACGAAAUUAGAAAAAGGGCAGAUGAAUUGGGAGAAGCUGUAAGGCUGUCCACAGAGAAACGGGGUGCAUCUCGAAUGGAGUUGGAUUCUUUCAUCGCGCAUAUCACAAGAUAGACUUGUUUUUCACUAAUUCGCAAGGCUAAGGGGUCUAGCUCUAUCUUCUUUGGUUACUUUACAAUGCUCUUAAAACCUGUCCCUUGUCUGUUUCUUGGCUCAGACUAGUUUAUGUUCUUGUAUUUCUCAGUUGUUUGCAUAUAAAUGCAAUGACAAAAUGACAUUCCUAUGUGCUG